AGGAAUGGGAAAAGCCUGGAGGCACAGGAGCUGGGAGCGGCACGGCCCCGCCGGGAGCCCGGGGGACGCGGCACGGCCAGGACGUGCCACACAGCUGCUGGACGCCCCGGCCACAGCGGGAACGAGCCCCCAGGAUCGGGCACUGGCCAGAGCAGGGCACCACGGGCUGGAGACCGGCUGGCAUGGAGAAGCCCCCGCUGGCCCCGCUGCCCGAGCGGGCGGCCGAGGCCGAGGCGGCGGCGGGGGACGACGGGGGCACCCUGCGCUGCGAGGAGCGUGUCGCCCGGCUGCUGACCUGCCUGCACCGGCCGGCCGAGCCGCUGCAGCACCGGACUGGCAGGGAGGAGGAGGAGGAGGAGGAAGAAGAGGAGGAGGAAGAGGAGGAGGAGGACCAGCUGCCCCGCGGCCCUGACCUCUUUGCAGCCCUGCAGCAGGCCGUGAGCUCGCUGGAGCGCGCCGUCUUCUCCCGGCACGGGUGGCCGCCGGCGCCCGGCGAGGAGUGGGCACGGGCGGCCAAGAGCCUGGAGGAGCUUGACCGGACGCCGGAGGCUCUGCCAGGUGGGCAGGUGGCGCGCCGGGGCGGGGAGCGGGCAGCCGGCGGGGCGCCGGCGGCCGAGGAGGCCGCGCGGCUCGAGGAGGAGGCGGCGGCGGCGGCGGCGGGGAAGGCGGCGCUGCGGGCGGCCCUGGAGCGCUGCGAGGAGGAGCUGAGCCAGGCCAGCGCCACACUGGGCGCUCUGCGGGACGAGCGCGACCGCCUGCAGAGGAAGGUGCGGGAGCUGCAGGACGCCCUGGGCAGGACGGAGGAGCCGUGCGGCUGCGCCGGCGGCACCGCGGCGCUCGGCGCUGCCCCACGGCACGGAGAGCCGGGGCUGCCCCAGGCCCACGACCUGCCGCGGUUUUUGCACGAGCCGGCGCAGCGGCUGCAGCGCCUGCAGGGGUGCAUGGAGCGGCUCAAGGCCGUGAACCAGCUGCUCUCGGCCGCGCUGCAGGAGUGCAAGAGCGACUCGGAGCGGCUCAGCAUGGUGCUGGGGCAGCACGAGUCGCACAGCACCGCGCUGCGCCUGGCCCUGCAGUGCAGCGAGCGCUGCGGGGAGGCCUACGCCGCGCUGCUCGAGCUGACGCGGGCCAAGCUGGAUGGGCCGGGCGCCGGUGAGUCCCAUCCCGGCGGGACGCGGGAUGCGGGAUGCAGGGAGGAUGCCAGUCCGCAGUGUGGAGACGCUGGCCUGGAGCUGCCCGCGCCGUGCCCAGGGGCAGCGGCGGAACCGGGGAGCGGCGGCGGCACCGCGCAGCCGGAGGGGCUGCGGGUGCCGCCGGGGCGAGCGGAGCCGGCCGGCCGGGAGGAGAGCGGCGGCCCGGGCGAGGGGGCCCUGCGCGAGCGCAUCCGCCGGCUGCGCGCCGAGCAGGCGGCCGUGCAGGCGUCGCUGCACGCUGCCCCGGCGCCCGCCACCGCCGCCGCCGCCCGGCACAGCGAGGACGUCAGGGCUCGGGCCGAGCAGGCCCUCCGGGACGCGCAGCCCCCCCCACCCGGCCCUGCAGCGCUGCCAAAGCCGGACAGAGCCCAGCUGCUGCGGGAGCUGGCGACACUCAAGGAGGCCAUGGCCGACGUGAGGACCCAGCUGCAGCUGGAGGAGACGGAGAAGCGGGGCCUGGAGGUGCUGGCGGCGGCGCAGGGGCCGCGGGAGGCGGCGCUGCGCCUGCUGCUCGAGCACCUGGAGCGCGAGCGAGCCGGCAGCCCCGGCAGCCCCAGCAGCUCCGGCAGCAGUGAGGAGGACACCCAGCCCGGCAGGACGGGAGCGGCGGCUCCCCAGCGCCCCGCAGACCCGGCGAGGACAGCGCAGGAGCUGCUCGGCGCGCUGGCUCGGACCGAGGAGCUGCACGCCCGCGCCCGGGCCCUGGCGCUCGCCCUGGAGCAGGCCAGCGCCGUCAGCCGGGCGCAGCAGGCGCAGUGCAGCGCCGUCACCGGCGACUUCUUCCAGGCUCACAGCGCCCUGGCCCGGGCCUACCGCGGCGCGCGGCGGAAGCAGGCGGCCCAGCUGCGGCGCCUCGAGGCGCAGGCGGGUGCCGUGGGCGAGCAGCACGCCCGGCGGGCGCAGGCGCUGGCCCGCCGGCUGCAGCGCCUGGAGCAGCGCCGCGCCGCGCCCGCCGGCGGCGAGACCUGCAUCUAGGGAGCCUCCCCUGGCCGGCGCCACCCCCGGGACCCCGCGGGAUCCGGCACCGUCCUGCAGCCCCCCCGGCAUCGGCCCGCCGGCACGGCGCGGGACAGCCCCCGGCUGUGCAUCCGCAGGGAGAAUAAACCGCUAAGGCCGGGGCUGUGGCUCGUGUGGCUGCGGCCGGGCCGGCCCCGCUGCGGCGCUGGGGCUCGGGGUCCUUCUGCAG